AUGUUACCAAACAAAUCGCAGAGCGAAGACAUGUAUACAAUGAAGAUGCAGAGAGAAUUCAAAGCUUUGAAUCCCCUUUAUUUUGAUCCAACUUCAGAUGAUCAAGUGAAAAUGAGGGAGCACGUCCGACAUAAAAAGAUGGCAAAGACUAUAGAGAAUCUCAAGAAAAUAAAUACACAAAAUGCGGAUGUUCACGAUUUUCUACCCAGCUGGGCGACGAACGAAUACUUUGAAAGCCUUCAUGGAAAAAAAGAAAGUGAAGAAGCUAAGACAAAAGUUAACAUUGAAGAAAUAAAGAUAUAUGUCGGAGAAAUCGUGGUAAAGGCUCGUAAAAGAUUACUGGAGGAGGCUGCAGCUUUGAAGUCAAUGCAAGUUCCUCAAGAUUCGGAGCCCCCGAAAAAAGACGAGAUUAAUGAGAUACUAGUAGACAUGGAAGACAGAAGAAAAGCCAUGAAUGCAGUAUACCAGCAGUUGCUGGUGUCAUUCGACUCAGAGAAAAGAAAACUGAUGAUGGAAAAGUGUGAAAUAAUGAAAGCAAAGCAAAUGAUGGCUGCUGUUCAUGCUGAACUAAAGACCUCAUUCGACUCGGAGAAAAGAAAACUUAUGAUGGAAAAGUGUGCAAAAAUAAAAGCAGAGCAAAUGAUGGCUGUUCAUGCUGAGCUUAAGAAAAUCGUGUUUCUAAAAGGUUUUGGUUUUGAAGACGAAGAAGACAAUUGUUUCAUACCCAGAAAAUUGCUCUUUUUCAAGAUUGAUGGCUUUCGAAAUACGCCACAGAAUAUGGAAACACCAUUCGGAGACGUGGAUCCGCCGAACACUAACACUUCUGAAGAUUCGGCGGUGAAUCAUUCAAUAGAUUGUAUGACUCCCUCCAAUCAGAAGAAGCGCUCCUUUGGCCGACGGUUUCUCAAAUUCCUCGGAUUUUGAUAAAUUUAGACUCUCAACCUAAAUACAGCCUUUACUGGAAGAACCGUCUCAGUAGAUUUAUUUUAUUGUACUUGAUUCUUUUUCUUUAAUUUGAAAGAAUCAACUUUUU